UUAUUUAUUUUACCUUUUUUUUCAUUCAGACAGACUGUUACCUAAGUUUGAUGUGGUUGACAGAGAUAUAUAUAGCAGUAUAAAGAUGAGCUGUUUUCCUGAUGUUAAGAUACCAGUCUACAUCCUGGUCAUCUUGUUUGGACUGGGAUCAUGGGUGGCGGUCAAUGGAAUGUGGGUGGAGCUACCUAUCUUAGUCGACCAAUCAGCAGAAGGCUGGAACCUCCCAUCAUACAUCACAAUAAUUACCCAAAUUGCUAAUAUUGGACCUUUGCUUUACACACUUGUGAACAAAGCUGCACCAGAAAAAUUCAAUGAGAAACAUGGAGUGUUCAUCAUCGUUGUCAUGGGAAUGACAGCUUGUUUACUAUUGGUGUUUUUCUGGAAGGAUACAAGUUACAUAGGCGGAGUUAAACACAGCACAGGACUACUUUUUUCAACCUUUCUUCUUUCUUUAGUUGACUGCACAUCAUCUGUGGUGUUUUUACCAUACAUGUCAAAGUUCAAACUGCAAUACAUCUCCGCUCUGUACAUAGGAGAAGGGUUAAGUGGCCUAGUACCUAGUCUACUUGCAAUAGGUCAAGGUGUGGGGAAAACAAUAUGUGUAAAUAAAACAGUCAACCUUACAACAAACGAAACAGAAAUUGUUGCUGAAUAUUCUCCUCCACAUUUUCCUGUUGAGGAUUUUUUCUACUUCCUGUUCUCAAUAAUGGUUAUUUGUGGGCUAGCUUUCUCACUCCUGCAUUAUCUACCAUAUUGUAAAAAGGAGCACGCUUCUGUCAAUACAGAUAUUUCUAGUGAAUGUAGGUUUAUAAAUGCUGACUCGGCGUCAUACAGUUAUAGUGAGUUCAGGAAUGAGGAAAGUGAACUUCAGUGUGACGUCACAAUUACAAACCAGUCAGUGGUUAUAAGCAGACAUAAAUUUCUUCUUCUUUUGGUCCAAAUCGGAUUUAUUAGUGCAUUAACCAAUGGCGUUUUACCAUCUAUAUCAUCAUAUGCAACAAUACCCUACGGGAAUGAGGCGUUCCACCUCUCUGUAACAUUAUCAAAUAUAGCCAAUCCACUAUCAUGCCUUGUGGCAUUUUUCUUGCCAGUUUUGUCAAUGUGUGCUAUAGGUGGGGUAACAAUUACUGGUUUUUGUAUUGGUAUAUAUCUUCUGGUCAUAGCUGCCAGCAGUCCAACACCACCAAUGGCAGGAGAAGAUAUCGGUGCAGCUACCAUAGUGAUAGCGUUUGUUUUAUUUUGUGGUCUGAUGUCAUUUGCCAAGGUUAGCAUCGCAACAGUGCUUCGGCUGAGAGGUAGAUCGGCGCUUCUAUGGUGUGGUAUAGUUACCCAGGCCGGGUCAGCUCUUGGUGCAAUACUGAUGUUUAUAAUAGUGAACCAACUUGGAUUAUUCCAUCAGAAAGCUGCUUGUUCUUAAUGUCAUAAAACAAUGUGCUAACUAAAGACUCAUUCUUAAACAAUAUAACUUAUUUUCACCCUGUAGCAGUCUAAAAAUUGAUUGCACAUGCAAAUGACUAGUAUAUAUGAUAAAUUCAAUACAAUUAAAACAUGACAUAACGACAUGACAGCAGAAUGAAGGGUUAAAGAAAAUAUGAAAUGUGAUAAUUAUAGCUCCAGGUACAUUUAAAAUGUACAUCAGUUUGUUUAAUUUUUGGAACAACAAUUGUCAGUAGUGGAUUUUUUUAAGAAAACUGUUACAUUCCAUUUCACUUGGUAAUGCAAGCUUUAAAAGCAAAGCUGACAAUCAAUCCUUUACUUGAUUUCUUUCAUUAUUUUUUGACAUUGUCUGUUAUUAAUAUUAAAUGAUAAUUUAAAUGCC